AUGAUCGAUUUUCAAAACCAUCAAGUCAAAUGGAUUGACAAAAUCAUUUCCAUGAAGUACAAGACCCAAUUUCAAAAUCACACCAACUGGACUAUUGCACUGGAUCGCGGCUACUUGGAUAUUUUGGAUGACAAUGACACUGCAGAUGAUGCUUUCAUCCUCAAUGCAAAGUAUGAAGCAACAACUGGAGCUGAAGUUGCUUCCAAGCAAGUCCACCUGACAAAACAACAACAAGAUCAAUUGGCAACUGCUUUGGAAAAUAGACAAGAACUUUUUGAUGGCAACCUUGGACACCACAAACAUGAGAAGAUCCAUUUGGAAGUUGAAGACGGUGCCGUACCGAUUCUUUCUAAAGCCUAUUCUGUUCCUAGAAACACCAACACACUUUUCUCAAGGAACUUCGGCAUUUGGAAUUUGGAAUCGGUCAACGUACUCAAGCAAUGUGGUCCAACUGAAUGGGCCUCUCCUACAUUCAUUAUUCCAAAAAAGGAUGGAAGAGUACAAUGGAUCAGUGAUCUUCGCGAGCUCAACAAGGUUCUCAAACGUAAAGUGUAUCCUUUGCCAUUGAUUGAUGAAGUUGUCUCUUGUUGUGCUGGCUACAAAUUCUUUGCCAAACUUGAUCUCACAAUGAUGUAUUAUUCUUUUGAGCUUAUGAUGCAAGUAAAGAACUGCUACUUCCUUCUUUGGUACAGAUACCAGACUUCAAUUUGUCCUGCAACCGUUUCAAUUCCCUAUCUCCACGCUUGCAUCUUGUCACAACUCGAUUCUUGUUCUUAUUGGCAGAACUGCCACUCCUACUCAAAGGCCAUUCUCUAG